AUGGAUGAUCCGUCUACCAAUCACUUCGAGGAUAUGGAGCGUGAUCGCUUGGAGGCUGCCCAGCCAUCACAAGAUGGGCAGUCAACGACAUGCCGGCUGGUGUGUUGUGGUGAUGAUGAAGAACAACCUCCCAUGGCUGACGAAAAGCAAAAUGUUGACAUCGUAAUGCUCUCUCGUGCGGCAGCAUGUUCGAGGAGGCCCAUGAUGGCCUCUAUGGUGACACGUCGUUGGAAGUACACCCCAAGCUUUGAAAGAGGUCUCAACCCAGAGUUGACCUCGGGGGACUACGGUGACAUGCCCAAGCCUCAACCGCUUAUCGACUUCUUCACUCAAAAUCGCAACCCAUGGUUCGGAUUUGCCAUGUUCUGUGGCUUCAACUUCUUAUGGUGGGCUUUCUUCGGAGCCUGGCAAAUCCGUCCCCUGUGGGCAUCUCAGAGGAAGAGUCUGGCGGAGGCUGAUCGUCUCUACGGCCCCACUAAAUAUGGAGUUGGCAAGAAGUACAUCAACUAG